AUGGGCUCACUCACCGCUGAGGUAUCAUCCGAUGCCACGACCCCUACUAUCCCUCUUGGGCUGUACCUCUGGACUCGAAUUCGCCAGCAGGGUACAGAAAGCAUCAUGGGCGUUCCUGGUGACAUGAACCUAGAACUGCUCGACUACAUCAAGCAAGUUCCGGGCCUAAGAUGGGUUGGCAACACAAACGAGCUCAACGCAGCAUACGCCGCAGAUGGUUACGCUCGUGUCAAAGAUUGCCCAGGCGCAAUCACCACCACUAUGGGUGUGGGAGAGAUGAGCGCCUUGAAUGGUGUCGCAGGCGCCUAUACCGAACAAGUCAAGGUAAUCCACGUGGUGGGAACGACUCCGACUGAAGCGCAAAAGAACCGUGUCAUGAUCCAUCAUUGUCUAGGCUCAAAUCCUGACCACAGAGUGUUUGACAAGAUCUCCAGCCAUGUCAGAUGUGCGCACGCAUGGAUCGACGAUGCAGAUACUGCGACGGCUGAAAUCGACCGGGUCAUCCGGGAAUGCUGGAUCAAGUCUCUGCCUGUGUACAUCUUUGUGCCAAUGGAUUUUGUGCACAUCCCCGUGUCUGCUCGCCGUCUGGAGCAACCAAUCGACCUGACGUAUUCCAUCAACAUCGAAAACGAAGCUAUUGCUAUUCAACAGAUCGUCAACGCCGUCUGUCAAGCAAAAAACCCUCUUCUUCUCGUUGACGGUUUGGUAUCUCGACACGGCGCGGUUGAGGAAGCGAGACAGUUGGCAAACCUCCUCAACCUCCCCGUCUUUACAGCCCCGAUGGGCAAGGGUAUUAUUGACGAGACCUUGCCGAUCUGGAGGGGUAUUUACGCUGGGGAUGUAUCUACACCUGGCCUGAAGCAAUACGUCGAGGAGAGCGACUGCAUCAUCAACCUCGGUCCUUUCCUGUCGGAUAGCAAUACUGGAGGCCACAGCAGACAGAUAGGUCUUCAACAAGCUCUCAUGCUUGAACCAGACAGCUGUACGAUAUUCGGCCAGAAGUUCGAACAAGUCUUUCUGCGGCCUUUGUUGAAGAAACUCCUGUCUGCAUUCAAGGGCGCAGGGAUUUCCCCCGUUCCUCUACCAACCUUUCUCGAGGAGAACGCAAACGAUGUCGAUGGCAGCGAGAUCAAGCAGUCCUGGAUCUGGAAACGGAUUGGCCAAUUCUCCAGACCAGGCGACGUCGUAGUUGUUGAGUCAGGCACAGCACAAUUCGGGUUUCCCGAUGCCGUUCUACCCAACGACAUCAAAUAUAUCACACAAGUGUACUUUGGCUCCAUAGGGUACUCAGUCGGCUCGUGCUUAGGCGCUGCACUGGCGCAGUCCGAGAUCCAGGCUCGGGAUGGCAUGCCUGGCGGACGGACUAUUCUGGUAGUUGGCGAUGGGAGUUUGCAGCUGACUGUCCAAGAGAUAGCGACUAUGAUCCGGCACGGAUUGGCGCCUCUAUUACUCGUCAUCAACAACAACGGCUUCACUAUCGAAAGAGCCAUCCACGGACCCGAAGAAGAGUACAACGACAUCUCGCAGUGGCGUCAUCAGCAACUCCUCGAAACAUUUGGCUCCCGCAACGGCCGAGCCAACAGCUGCGAGGUCAAGACAAGGAAGGAGUUGGAGCUAGUGCUCAACUCAGCGAGCUAUCUUGAGCCAAAGGAGAUUCAACUGCUUGAGAUUUUCAUGGGGACGUAUGACUACCCGUGGCGUUUGGAGAAGCAGAUAGCUUUGAUAAAUGCGAGAAACGCAGCCAAGAAGCAGGCUUUGGUGAAUGGCUCUUCUUAG